AUGCCCUCCCGUCCGCCCAUCCCUCAGACCCUCUGGGAUCUGCAAACACCUCUCUACAUUACCCAUGCCUCGGCGCCAAACCAGCCCUUCGUGACGGCGGUCCCAAGGUUCAGCUACCUGGCCCUGCUUCUCCCCCGGCUCUCGUCGUACUUUGGCCUGCCAUGCACCAGCUUCCACCAUGAGGACGUCCUGCUGCGCAAUCUGGCCGUCGGUCUGUUGAUCGAUCUGUACCAGCCAACUCUCCCUUGGCGCCUGACGGUCAAUGAUGGCAUGAGUUGGGACAUUGGGGACACCUUCCUCAACAGCGCCAAAGAGGCGGAUUUCGUGCGCAACGGCAAUGCACAGCAGAUCAUGUCUCUUUCGAAGGAGAACACGACAGCGCUUUGGAAUGCCGUACAAGACAAUGAUUACGCAGCGUUCCACAAGAUAAACUCGCGGCUUCUCAACACCUCGCGAGAACUCAGGAACGUUCCCAUCCGCAUCUACAUCCCCCAAUCUCCCGGCGAUGCAUUACGUGCCACAGCAGGCUCUUUCAAGGUCGUCCAAUCACUGGUCCAACCCCGCCUCAACGAGCGCAAUCCACAGACACUCGGGGCCGCUCUCCGCGGACUUCUGCCGAGGCUCUUCCCCAGUAGUCGCGACCCGGUGCUGGCAAACGUCCUUCUUCACGGGGCGCAUGUCCCAUUCACGGCACCGUUGCAAGACUUGAUGCGGGAGGCGGCUUACCCCGACGGGUGGAUUUGUUUGGUGGUCGUUCCUCUCGAUGUAUAG